AUGUCACGGCCACCUCGGGUCCUCGGGUCCACGACACACGCGCGCUCGCGGCCGCCGGGCACGUCGCUUCCUGGAAACAGCGCUUGGUCCUCCUCCGCUGCUGCCGGGGGCGAGGACUCGGGCGCUCAGGUCCUGGCACAGGCCGGGCUGCCCCCCGCCGCGGCCCACAGCCCGGCUGUGACACGGCGGUCUCCCGGGGACAGUCACAACGGUGGUGACCGGUCCCCUGCGGUCCCCGCCCUUCAGGAGGAAACGGAGGCGCGGGUGUCCUCCUGCAGGGUCCCGGGAGCAGCCCCGGCCCAGCCUUCCCCUUCCGUCCCGCCUCCCUCCGCCUUCGGGCGCUGCCCCCUGCCCCUGCCCGGCUGCCUGGCGAGCUCCUGUCUGCCCGGAGCCCCGCCCGUCUCGCCGGUAACAGGCCACCGGCGGGCACGGGCCCCUUCGGCGGAGCCAGCGGCGCCGUCACCAGCGGACAUGGGGCCCUGUCUGGGCGUGACCGCCCUGCUCCGCGCCUUUUCUCUUGUUCAGGAACGAGCAUCACGCUUGGACAACGGCGAGUGUUUGAUGAACGAACAAUGGGGACCCCGAACACCUGGGACGUUCCCUGAGGAGCACAGUCCCUGGAAAGCGGCGCCGACGCCCACGUCUGAGCUCCGAGGAGCCAGGGUCCCACCGUCCCCAGAGCUGAGGCCCACCGGUGUGCCGGGGGUGGGAGUGUGGUACCUGACACAGGCCUCAGCUCCCACAGAAGCUUGUGUUCCACCCCUCACACCAGCUAUCGCGAAGACGGAAAAGUGCGAAAGAUCCGCGGAUGUCCACCAAGGCCAGCAUGGAAGCGGCUGGACGGUCUGA